AUGGAGGGGAUACCGAAUUGGAAGAAGAUUGGUGCACAAAAGCGUGCUGCGCUGCAGGCCUUGAUACCCCCAGAAUGGCGCUUACCACACCCUCUUCCAUCGCCAAGCGAGCUGCCUGAUGUGACAGGCAAAGCUAUUCAACAGUAUCUAUCUCCUCGCGAGGUACAAAUCACUGAGACGGAUGCGGCGACCUUGGUGCGGAAGUUGGCGAUGGGAGAAUGGCGUAGUCGAGAGGUAACUCUGGCUUUCUGCCAUCGGGCUGCCGUAGCACACCAGAUGAUCUCCUGUCUCCAUGAGAUCUUCUUUGAAACUGCGAUCAAGGAUGCGGAGGAUCUCGACGCUUACUGGGAUCAGGACCACAAGCCUACCGGCCCACUUCAUGGUCUGCCGGUCAGCCUGAAAGACGUGAUGCACGUCAAAGGGAUUGGCAUCAGUGUGGGGUUUGUUGGCCGAUUGGGAACCGCCGGCGAUGGACGAUUCGAAAGCGAGAUUGUGACCAUGCUUCGCUCGCUUGGGGCAGUCUUAUAUGUCAAAACCAGCGUUCCGACCGGUUCCUUCACGGGGGAGACAUUCAACAACAUCAUCCAAUACACCCCGAACCCGAAAAACAGGUUACUCACGGUUGGGGGAAGCUCUGGGGGCGAAGGCGGCCUCCUGGCUCUGAAAGGAAGUCCGCUGGGGAUAGGGACUGAUAUUGGAGGAUCUGUCCGUGUGCCAGCCGUAUGGAAUGGAUGUUGUGGUCUAAAGCCUGCAACAUGCCGUUUCCCGUUCCAUGGAGUUGAGUCGAUCGUUGAGGGACAGACCACGGUUCCCUUCGUCGUGGGCUUCAUGGCACCAUCAGUGGAAGCGCUGACGCUCGUGACUAGGAGCCUUCUAAGUUUGCAACCAUGGAUGAGAGAUCCCCUGGUGCAUGAGAUCCCAUGGCGGGAUGAGAUUUUCAGAGAAACAAUUCGGCGAGCCGACAGACAAGGUAGCCAACUCUCAUUCGGCAUUAUGAGAACUGACGGUCAUGUCCAUCCACAGCCACCUGUUUUGCGGGCGAUUGAUAUGACAGUCGCUGCUAUCAAGUCUCUUGGGCAUUCUGUCAUCGAAUGGAAGCCCCCAUCACACGCUGAAGCCUUCAAGUUGUGGCUGAAAGCCACAACAAUAGAUGGCGGAAAGAACUUUCACGGCUCGCUCCGCCUGACGGGUGAGCCUGCCUACCGGGUUGAUCUGGACGAAUUCUUUGCAGUGAAAGACCGGCCGAGUACCGUCUUUGGGCUGGGGCCGUCCCGACAGGCAAACGCGGGGGAAAUUAUGGAGAUCAAUACCGCCAUCCAGAAAUAUCGAACGGCCUACCUGCAGUGUUGGCAACAGACAGCUGGCUUGACGGACACGGGACGACCUGUAGAUGUGUUCAUCAUGCCGGUCGCGCCAACCCCUGCACCCGAGCGAGGGAAGGUACGAUACUUUGGGUACACGACGGUCAUCAACGUCCUCGACUAUACUGCCUGUGCCAUCCCGGUGACUGAAGUCAGGAAGGAGAUCGACGUCUUUCCCUGUCAGCAGUACGAACCGCUGAACAAACUCGAUCAAUUAGUCCACGAUGAUUAUAAUGCAGAGCUUGCACACGGAUCCUCUGUCGGUAUCCAGAUUGUCGGGAGACGGUUGCGAGAGGAACAGGUGCUUGCCCUGGCAGAGGUUCUUGAUCGAGAGUUCCGGCGAUCUGCAAGGGAUGAAUCCAAGCUUUGA